AUGCGCGGCUUCAUUCCAGCACGCUCACUGAGGGCACUAUGCCGUCCCAACACAGGCAAGACGCAACCACUAAGCCAUGUGUGUCGAGCUAUCACCACCCGCAAUGCUCAUCAGUCCGCCCGGAUUCCCACAAUGUCCGCCUCCCAAGCUCGCCGCAGACCUCAGUUGCAGUCCGAUCACCAAAGCUCGUCUUUUCCCAAGUUGUCAAGGCGGACCAUCUACAUUCAGACCCAGUCUACGCCGAACCCGGAUGCGCUGAAGUUCAUUCCCAACCAUCCGGUCCUCCCCAAAGACUUUCCCUCCACAUUCUUAGAAUACUCCUCUCCUCGGUCGACACUGGGCGGUCCUCAUCCCUCCCCGCUAGCGGCGAAGCUACUGGAUGUGGAUGGGGUGAAAUCGGUGUUCUACGGCCCUGAUUUCAUCACCGUAAGCAAGGCAGAGGAUGCUAGCUGGGUACACAUCAAGCCGGAAGUCUUCAGUCUCAUUACCGAGGCAAUCACUUCUGGUGAGUCGAUCGUCAAUACAGUGGACAAGGCUACCGCGAGCGAGGGUCAGGAAGGGGGAGGGCAAGACAGCUUGGCAGCCAAUGACGACGACGACGAGGUUGUGGCAAUGAUCAAAGAGUUGUUGGAAACACGGAUUCGACCGGCCAUACAAGAGGACGGGGGCGAUAUUGAGUUCCGGGGCUUUGACAAUGGGCAGGUAUUGCUGAAGCUUCGUGGUGCAUGCCGAACCUGUGAUUCCAGCACGGUGACCCUGAAGAAUGGUAUUGAGUCGAUGUUGAUGCACUAUAUUGAGGAGGUCAAAGGGGUGACCCAGGUGUUGGACCAAGAGGAAGAGAUCGCUUUGAAGGAGUUCGCCAAGUUUGAGGAGAAACUUCGACAACAAAAAGGGCCUGAUGCGGCGCCAACCACCGUGGGCAAGACCAGUUUGGAUUUUGUUGAAUGA